AUGCCCUCGCAUGUAGCUCCGAUUCGCCCACCGGGCCAUGCUUCGAACACGGAGGUUGGGGUGUCCGCCGAUCCAGUUGCAGUAAAGCCGGAGUUGCAGGCGCUGCCAGCUUUGGCCUUUCGGGUGGCCGACAUCCUGGAGACCGUGCGACUACCAUGGCGUUGCUUCUGGGAGGGUCUCCUAACUUACGCCAGCGACCUGCAGCAGUUGGCGCCGGACUUGCGUAGAUGCUUAUAUGACAGCUUGCCGGGGCCAGCCAGAUUUGAAUUUGCGGAGUUGGCUCUCAUGGAAUUUGCUGCGGUCAUGAGCUACACGUUGGCUGGUGAGACUCGUCCCUGGAUAUCGCUUGGUAGAGAAAGUAAGAUGCAGUGGAUCCCGAAAUCUUUAGAAGACCUUUCAGAAUCAGCGCCUCAGAAGUGGAAACCAUGGCUGUCAAAGUUUGGGUGGGAUGACUACACCUCGCCUGGAGGUGUGCGUCACAAGUUGCUUUGUGAUCUAGAUCCGGCCGUGGCGGAUGCCAUGUGUCAAUGCUGCAGGGCUUUUCCAGAUAUGUCAUGGGUGCAUUCCUUCAAAGCUUUGCAAGAGCUUCCUCUUCAUGUCGAACCUGCAGUCGGAUCCAGUUUGCCUAAGCGUGAGCCCAAGAGAGAAAGAGGGCACACUGUUGAACCCAUGACACUCAAAGCUGUCAAGAAGGAGCCCAAAACUUAUCCAUCCGGCCGCGAUGUUGCCAAGCUACUACUCAGGAACAUGCCGAACAGCCCCAUUCUGAAGAGCAUGCUUGACAUUGGGCAGGUGCUUCGGGGAUGCCUUGCGGUAGCUCGAGCCUUCUUUGGCGAUGAGUGGACCCACCAUGUGACCAUUGUUUCGUGCGGUGAUCUCACAUCAUUCCAUGGCCAAGUAGCUGAUACCCUCUUUGGCGUACUCUAUUCGGAUUCCCAUUGGGCGCUGCUGUGUGUGCAUGAGGGUCAAGGCGUCGUGUUCGACGGCAAGAGAAAUCCUGUUUGCUGGAACCAGGCAGCAGCUUUCCUGCAUCACUUGAAGGAGGCAGGGUGCAAGGUGUCCGGAUCUCAGCAGAAGGCCUCCUGCCCGCAGCAGCCUGACGAGUGGUCGUGCGGGCACAGGGUCAUCGCCGCUAUGGAUCUCAUUCUGGAUAGUCUGCAGGUUUCUGGUGUUCUGCCAAAGAAGCUAGAUGGCAACAUGCUGAAUGAGGAGAGCGUCCAAUCCAUCAUCGAUGCAUCUGUCAAGUCAUUCGCCAAGCAGCAGGUAGAUGCCAGUGGUGCUGCAAAGCGCAAGGCUGAGCAAGUUCCAAAGAAAUCACUCAUGCCAGCUGCUGCUGGUAGUGAAGAUUGCGGGGUGCCUUCUACACCACCGCGCUCAAAGGCCAGAGUGAGUGCUAGCCAAGCCUGCGAUGAUACGAUGACGCCACCCCGUCCAGUGCGACCGGCCCUGGCAACCUCUCCAGCUUCAAAUGCUAGUACGCCGAGGGCAUUGGUGGCCAAAACCAGUAAGCCAAAGCAUGAGAAGCAAAAUGGGAAGGCGCAAUGCCAGUCGGCGCUCACCAAGGCGGGCAAGAUUUCCAAGGGCGAGGCACUGUGCUCGGAAGCACGCGUUGCUCACAAAGACUUUCAGAAGGAGCAUCGCAGACAGGAUGUACCGGAGCCAAAAGGCCAUUGGCGCCUGUUUCUGGAAUCGCUUGGAGCUCCUAGUGGCAGCAUGCCACUCUCCUGCCAAGCAUGUCUCACGAUGCAACGCAAGGUUCUUCAUGGGCAGCAAGCGCAGCCGGUUGCCUCAGCAAUAGUGCCAGCCGCUUCUCAGAGUGUCUUGGGCCCUGAAGUUCGCAGCAGAGGCAGGCCUAAAAAGGAUGAGGCCCGAGACGCGCGAUGGAGACUGGGUACAUACAUUAGCCAGCAUCGAUCCAAGGUUUACCAGCAGUGUUCCAAGUCGUGGAGCAAAGAAGCCAAGUACUAUUGCAGGCCAUGUGAAAGACACAUAAAGUUCAGCAGCCACACCUGCAAACGCAAGGUGGAGAAACACGAAAGGUCCGGCGCCCACUUGCGGGGCCUCAAACGUUUGGGCCUACCCUUGCCAGAGGGCGCCGACAAGGAGCCAGAGAGUGAGGACAGUGAUGCUGAAUCGGAGGAUGCAGAGGGGCAGAGCCUUGCUGCUGUCUGCGGCCUGCAGGUGGUUCCAGUGUCAGAGUACAAGUGA